AGUCAUUUUGGCUCAAGAAUUCGACGGCCUGAGAAGGAGGCAAGUCCUUUUUGUUUAGCUGCAGAUUUUCUCGGGCCAAGCGCAGGUGCUAGUCUGACGGUUCGCGAUGCGGGCAACGAUUUGUUUGCUCCUUUCUACAGCUCUUGCCAAGUCCUUCCCAUACCCAGAUGACUUCGAUCGAGUAUCAUAUUGCGAGACCUGCGAUGGAGAUGGGGCAAGGAUUUGCAACAGCUCGGACUGCAAGCCCCGAUGCCCCGCCGAAGGGAAGCAAUGCUUCAAGGCAAACCGCUUCAAGUUGGGAUGUUGCUGCGACCCUCAGAAGGUGCCGCCGGAGGAAACGUUCAAGUGUAGGAGUGGAGCCAAGACCAGUGGAAACUGCAUGUUGGAGUGUUGCAAGGCGACGAAGUACGCUGGGCUGACGACCUGGGGAACAAUCUGUGGAGAUGGGUGUUGCAAACCCAGCAACCAUGGGGCUCAAUUGCAAUGCGGAUCAAGUUGGCCACUGCCUUUGAGAGGAGGGAAAGCCAGGCGACAUCCAUGUUGCAUCUUGAAGGGUGCCACACAGGAUCAUCAGAUUGGCGCACGUUGUUGCUUGCAUGGAGAUGGGGUAAAUUGCUCCUCACCUCAACAGGAACCGUGUUGUUUGUUGCCAAGUACCGGUGCCAUGCACAACAAGAGCCGGAGUGCGGAUCCACAUGCAGUUUGUCAGAGAAUUUCAUGUGCUGCGUAUGUUCCCUGCCAGACCGCCAGAGGUGUGGACUGCAGUUCCAGAAAGCACACAGUGUGCUGCUUGAAAGGAUAUCAACCUUCUAUCCACGAUCCUUGCCAAGCAUCGGUGCAAGACUGCAGCAACCGCUACGUGGCUUGCAACACUGCUGAUGAGUUGGGAAUCGAUUGUUCUUCCACUAUCAAGGGGGUGUGUUGCCUGCCGGCUGGCAAGGACACAGCCACUUGCCGACGUGGGGACUGUGAAGCGUACAAGAAGGAUCAGAGAAUGUCCUUCUGGCGAAAUGUGUUUUUAGGCUGAAGUUACAGCCAGGCGCCCAAGCGUCUAGGCGACAAGCUUUGCACAAGUCAUGGCUCUUUUAAGCACAGGCCUGGUACCACUGCAGCACUAGCAGUCCAGCCAUUGUGAUUCUAGGCGGUGCGGUACAUUGAGGCAUUCCAUGGAGUCCGUGGGC